GGCCGAGUGACGUAGUAAACCGUUGAAGAUCGCUUCGCGCGAUCAAGUUUCGAAAGUUGGAAAGGUUUGUAUAUCGCACGCAUACCCCUUGAAUGGCGACGAAUUUGCAAUUUUUGGCGCAGUUGGAGCAAGAAUAUGCUCACUCACAUCUGCGCGACGACAUCCCGAAUCUCGAACAGAGCGUGCAAGCCCUUAUGCAUCUAACUCGACAUACAAUCAACAAAGUUGAUCGCAAAGGAGAUUCCUAGAGCGCGCUGAAGAGGAAACCUGAAAACCAUUCCUCCUCUCAUUUUGAAGCAGCAGGAAUUGCAGCUAUGGAUGCCAUAUUCUCCAUCCCAGUGCUCUCUUUCCUACUUAUCCCAGCCUUUUCCUCGUACAGCACGAGCCUGAAUAUCCUGUUUUUCUACAUGACAUGGACGACUCUCGUGCUGUCGCAUGCGCCACUACGAGUUGAGAUUUUUGGCACAUUAGCUGUGCGCUUAUUAUUUUACCUCGUCCCGUCACUGCUCUUUUUUCUGUUUGAUAUCUUGACGCCUUCUGCGGCAGUGGUGAUAAAAGCACAUGGAGAAACCGGCUUGCCAGCGGGGAGCAAGAGAGGGAAGACAACUUUGAAAGAGGCGAAAGUUGUGGGAUGGUCAGUGCUCAAUCUUGCAUUGAGUAUUGCGGCGCAGGCUGGUAUCGAAUAUACCUUGACGAAAGUGCUUGGAAUUCGUAGCGCGUUGAAGAUUUCGAUAAAAUUGCCUAUGCCAUGGGGGAUCGUGAAGGAUCUAGUUCGUGGAUUUCUCGUGAGAGAGGUCCUAUCCUAUCUUGUCCACCGCUACAUUCUUCACUCACGCGGCUCACGGGUUGCGCGAAAACAUCGAUCCUGGUAUCAUUCCCUGCGCGCACCUUAUCCCCUCACAGCACACUAUGACCACCCUCUACCAUACUUGAUCUCGACCUUCAUCCCGACAUAUGGCUCUGCGACGCUCUUCCGAUUUCACUUCAUCACAUACAUCAUCUACCUCUCCAUUAUCUCGAUGGAGGAAACAUUCGCCUAUUCCGGCUACACCAUCAUGCCGACGAGCUUCUUUCUAGGCGGUAUCGCCCGACGGGUCGAUAUGCAUAUUCUAAGUGACGGCGAAGGCAACUUUGGGCCGUGGGGAAUCCUCGAUUGGGUCUGCGGGACAACAGUAGGAGAGAGUGUUGAGGAUGAUAUCAGGGGGGAGUUGGAAGAACACGAGAUUGAAGAGAAGGUGAGAAAGGCGAUUCAGAUGUCGAGGAAGAAAAUCAAGGAAGGAAACGGGAGGGCUAGUAGUAAAGUAACUCCUAGUAAAGGGAGGAGUAGGAGGAGGAAUUCAUGAGUAUGUGAAAUGAAUAACUAGUAUCUACUGUGUUAUAUAUAAUGCGAGAUAAGAUGUCUUUGAAAUAGUAAUGAUGUCUGUUUUGGAA